AUGCAGUGUGUCUCUGUCUGUGCCGUGGCUGACCCUGGCUGGUGGAAGCUGACCUUCUCAAGCAAGAAGUCUGAGGUCAAGGUUCUGUACAAGAUCCCCCCAGAGUAUGGCAAUAACACUGGGAAUAAGAAGCAUUCCAACAGCUCUCAGAUCCCCACAGACAACCAGUUCAGUGCCAGACUGGAGAAGAUAGUCGAUAAGUCGGUCACUGAAGGGCGCCAUGUUAAGGUAUCCCACUCUGGUCGCUUCAAGACGAUCCGUGCCACACUGGCUGAGAACUCAAUGUUGUCCCCUGAACAUGGUCUUAGUGAUGAGGACCACAGGACAGAGAAAUAA